GAAACAAAUGACAUCUGGGACACUGAUAGUUCUCUGGAUAGCCCCAUCGACUGCUUCGGAUUUCCAAACAUUGGGCAGACCUGCUAUAUGAACGCAAGCCUGCAGAGUCUCCUAACAUUAGAGGACUUCAUUGGGGGCAUCAGUUGCAUGGAGCAGGUCUGGAGCUCAGUACCUGAGGCUCAACUGAUGAGGAGGCAGCAGCUUUCAUGGGCACACAUUAUACCUGCCCUGUAGACGAUCACCUGGUGAUCACAAUGGAGAACACCAGGACAUGCAAAAGCUGUGGAGCACAGUCAGUGAGACAGGAGGAAUUUACAAACCUGUCUCUAGACCUCAUCCCUGGAGGCUCUGUGGAGGAGAUGCUCCAGGAGUACCUUAAGGAGACGGAGGUGGAGUUCAGGUGUGACUGCGGAGGGAACACAUCGAGCUGCAGAUCAUCCCUCCUCACUCUGCCACAAGUGCUCAUCCUGCAGCUGAAGAGGUUUCGCCUGUCAGGCUGA